ACGUCACUGACAGCUGAUGUCGAUGUCAUUGUCAAUUUCAAUAAAUAUACUAAGCUAAAGUUGUUUAAUUGAAUAACUCUAAAUACUCAUUAGAUUUUGUUUAUUAUGUUAUGAAGUUAUAGUCAGCAAAACCAUGGAUCUGACAAAACACGAGAAGAGCAAAUUCGUUGCACCAGACAUAGCAGUAAGUGCUGUUCUGGUGCCGAGUCAAGAAUUACCAGCCGAAACCCCGUUAGUUUGUGGUUACGACUGGGAAAGUGGCGUCGACUAUAAUAAAAUACUCGAGAGCUAUGCGUGUUCAGGUUUCCAAGCGACUAGUUUCGGCAACGCAGUGAAUGAAAUCAACAAAAUGCUGAAAUGCAGGUCUGUCACUUUGACUGAAGAAACAGGAGACCCUUAUGAGGAAGACAACUUUAUAAAGAAGAAGACAAACUGCACUAUAUUCUUGGGUUACACUUCAAAUAUGAUAUCAUCAGGAUUACGGGACACUAUUAGGUUUCUAGUUAAAAAUAAACUUGUAGAUUGCAUUGUCACUACUGCAGGAGGUGUUGAAGAAGAUUUUAUAAAAUGUCUUGCACCUACAUACGUAGGAGACUUCUCUCUUAGUGGUAAAAUGCUUAGGACUCGUGGUAUAAACAGAAUUGGUAACUUACUAGUCCCAAAUGACAACUACUGCAAGUUCGAGGAGUGGGUUACUCCGAUCCUUGAUGAAAUGCUAAUGGAACAGAUUCGUGACAAUGUUAUUUGGACGCCGUCUAGAAUAAUAGCCAAAUUAGGUGAGAAAAUCAAUGAUGAAAGCUCUGUGUGCUAUUGGGCUUGGAAGAACAAUAUUCCAAUAUUUAGUCCAGCUUUAACGGAUGGUUCUCUAGGGGAUAUGAUGUACUUCCAUUCUUUUAAAAAACCAGGUCUUGUUAUUGAUAUACUCAGUGAUUUAAGGAGAUUAAAUACUAUGGCUGUAAAAGCAAAUAAUACGGGUAUGAUAAUUUUGGGAGGGGGUGUAGUGAAACACCAUAUUUGUAAUGCAAAUUUGAUGAGGAAUGGUGCUGAUUUUGCUGUAUAUGUGAAUACUGCAAAUGAGUUUGAUGGUAGUGAUGCGGGAGCAAGGCCUGAUGAAGCGGUUUCUUGGGGGAAAAUCAGAGUUAAUGCUACUCCUGUAAAACUGUAUGCAGAUGCUACUCUAGUGUUUCCCAUGCUUGUUGCUCAGACAUUUGCCAAGUAUCAUUUUAGUAAUAAAAAGAAUGUGUAGA